AUGGGGUCACUCGCGGUUGACGCCACCGAGAAGGAAGGUCUGAGGCAGCGAAAUGCCCCUCUGCAGGCCAAAACCGUCGGAGAAGCUCGUCAAACCGUACUCGAGCUGAAUGCGCUAGAAGACAAGAAAGAUGUCGCAGAUGAAAAGGACAAGAAAGUCUUCGGUCGUACCCCCGACGGAACCGUCUUCACCGUGCCGUACACCCAUGAUAUGGUAUCCCAGCUGCUUUCCCCGUCAGAGCCCAAGAAUAUUUCCGAUAUAGCUGUUCUGUUUGUCCUGGCUGUUCACAUCUUCACCUUGUGGGCAUUACCAUCCAACCUGAAGAUACCUGUCUUCGCUGCCAUCUACCUUUUCUGGAGAGCUGGAUAUAAUGUCGGCAUCGGCUACCUUUUGCAUAUGCAGUCCCAUUACCAGAUGUUGGUCCGCUGGGCUCGAAAGUCCAAGAUCUUCGUCAAUCCUACUACAGGCAGCAAUCCACGGCCCGGCCUUUACCGAUUUCUCAAACGGGAGUUUGAAACCAAGAUCCCCAAGGAUUAUCGUUUCGAGGAAGCUCCCAUCGAGUACAAUACCUGGCUCCUCUUCAGACGUGUAGUCGACCUCAUUCUGAUGUGCGACUUUGUCUCUUACUGUCUCUUUGCUUUCGCCUGCGCUCACCAACCUGCCGCUGAAAGUGUCUUCGUGACUAUCGCACGGUGGGUCGCUGGCGUUUCGUUGUUCGCUUUUAACCUAUGGGUGAAGCUCGAUGCCCACCGCGUUGUCAAAGACUUUGCUUGGUAUUGGGGUGAUUUCUUCUACCUCAUCGACCAAGAGCUCACCUUCGAUGGUGUCUUCGAAAUGGCUCCCCACCCAAUGUACUCGAUAGGCUAUGCAGGCUACUAUGGCAUCUCCUUGAUGGCAGCCAGCUACAAAGUCUUGUUUAUUUCCAUCAUCGCCCAUGCAGCCCAGUUUGCCUUUCUUGUCUGGGUGGAGAGCCCCCAUAUCGAUCGCACCUAUAGCUCUCCACCUCCUCGUCGACAAGCCAAUACACCACCUCGGACUGCAAGUGGACAGCGCCCGCCGCCCAGCCGAAGCGACACCACCGAAGUAUGGCCCAGCGCUGGGAGCAGCAAGCCGCCCGCGACACAUAAUCUGCUCGGUCUCCGAAACAUUGACCUGUACAGAACAACCGACUCGUCCAUCUUCAUCAUCCAGUUUCUGACUCUUGCACUGACCGUCUUGACCCCAACGACUCCGGUCGUGCGGGGGCUCUUUGUGCUGGCAGCGGUUCUUUGCCGUAUCUGGUAUUCAGUUGGCAUCGGCUUUCUGUUGAAUAGGCAAUCAAACAAAAAGAGAUGGACGAGACAUUUCCUCAAGUACGGUGAGAGCACCUGGGAAGCCUGGCGACAGUGGAAGGGCACUUACCAUUUGAGCAUGAUAAUGUGUUAUGCAACUUUCGUCGCGGCAGCCUGGAAAAGCUACGAGCUGCCUUCAGACUGGAGUUCUAGUCUGGUCCUGUUCAAGCAUGUCAUCGGUGCUGGCCUCAUCGCCCUUCAAAUGUGGGUCGCGACUAGCAUUUACGACCAGCUUGGAGAGUUUGGCUGGUUCUUUGGCGACUUUUUCUUUGAUCAGCACCCCAAGUUGACCUACGGCGGCAUCUAUCGCUUCCUCAACAAUCCCGAGCGUGUGCUUGGCCUGGCGGGCAUUUGGGGUAUUGCCCUGAUCACUAGUAGCAAGUCGAUCUUUGCACUUGCCCUGCUCAGUCAUACACUCAGCCUGGCCUUCAUCCAAUUCGUCGAACGGCCUCACAUGCAGAAACUCUAUGGGCGUAAUCUACGCCAGGAUGCUGGUCUUGUGCGCAGCCUCCGACGCUCUCUCCCUCCACCUUUCCGUGAGUGGCAAGAGAGUCUUGACAAGGUUCUCUCCGAUUCCUUCGAUCACGUCGAGAACAUUCUCGACUCGGCCCGGCCCAAACUCCUCGAUGGUGUCAAUAAUAUGGCUCAGGAUACUCGCGACUUCUUCAGCAAAUACCCCAGUCUGCUUCAUGUAACUCGCGUCUCUCCAGAGCUGGUUGGCAUCGACCCAGCAGAGUACACUCUCGACAUUGUUGGCGACGAUAAGCCACGAAACACCGACGGCCCACAUCUCAGUAUUGACUAUGGUACCCCAAUUCGAGUCAAAUGGACGGCUCCCAUCAACCAUUCCAAGAUGGAUUGGGUUGGACUAUACAGAGUCUCUGAUAACCCAUCGAGAGAGGUUACACGUGUGUCCUCCGCUGGUCGCUGGGUCGCCACCAACCAAGGCGAGUUUGACCUGCUGAACUCGGAAGCUGGUAUACGCUGGUCCGACGUCAAGGAGAAACGACCCAGCCCGCAUACUGGCCUUCCAGAAGAGUGUCUUACAGGAGAAGUGGAAUUCUCGGGAGCAAAACUUCCCUGGACCACCGGUGUAUUUGAAUUCCGAUACCACCAUGACGGCAAGCACAAUGUCCUGGCGAUAUCGCGGAGGUUCGAGAUCAGGAUUCCGCACUGGAGAGAGGAAGAGCUUGCCAUCGGCCCAGGCCUCUCUCCCGAAAGCGAAAACCAUAUCCGCCAGGACAUCGAGCGCAUAUUGCUGCCCACCGUGCAGAACUGCUUUGACCGCGAUCCAGAUAUUGCGCCUUCGAACCCGCAAGAAGUCUUCGGUGGCCUCGUUGAGAGGGACGGCAAGUUUGCUAAACGAGUCGUGUAUGCGUUGCAAGAGAUGUUCGGCAUCGAGUUCGCCCCGGAGGUUGUCAAGGCGGACGGCAAGGUGGAAAACCUGGCCUGGCGGAUUUGGGAGGCGAAGAAAGUGCUGGCUCCCUACAGCAUGGCCGGCAGCCGUGGCACGUCGACACCGAUGGAGAGCAUGAAGGACUAG